GGCAACGUUUGGCUGGGAGAGCGGGAGCUGGAUCACUGGAGUCAGUGGAAUAAAGUUUAGGCUCCUGCAUGCCUAGCUUAUGGAAGUAAGAUAACGAGACUCUGGAUUGUACUGUCCAUAACAAGGCUCUCAAAUGACUUCUUCCGUCCGGAAAUGAACAACAUCCUCCACUCCAUCAUGCUUACCAAAUCGGGGCUUUACUUCACCGUGUUCUUGUUGACACUUCAAGCCAGCCAAACUAAAGACCUUCAGGACCAGGCUCUUCCGGGCCUGAGAGACGUGAAAUACCGACACUUCCUGGAAGCUCCUCGCCCGAUGGAGCCGGCCAGCGUCAGGGCGCCGCAGCACCGGCCGCGGAGCCAGAGGUCGGCGGCGGCGCUCAGCACGGGGGUGAAGGUCUGCCCACAGGAGAGCAUGAAGGAGGUGAUCACCAGCCACCGGGCUUACUACAAACUCAGAGUCUGCCAGGAGGCCAUAUGGGAGGCGUUCCGGGUCUUCCUGGAGAGGGUUCCUAACUCGGAGGAGUACAGUACCUGGCUCUACACCUGCCAGCAUGAGAACCUGUGCAUGGAGACCCUGGCCCUCAACUUCAGCCAAUCCCAGGAGCACCUUGACCUGGUGGCCCGGAGAGUUGCUGAGCAUGCUGAAAUUGUAGGAGCUGAAGAAGCUGUCCCUGAUCCAGAGAGGGAAUGUUCUUGGACGACUGCAAUCGUUUCACUUCCAACCGAGAUGCCGGAGGAUGGGAACGAGAUCCUGGAGAACGGUGAGGAGCACGUGGUGGAGUUCAGCGUCACCGUGGUGGACGCGGGCUACAGCGCUCUGCUCCACUCUGAGUUCCCCCAGUACCGCCGGAUCACCCAGGAUCUCACACAGCGGAUGCUUCAUGUUUUCCAAAAAGUUCCAGGAUUCAAAGAAAUACGAGUUCUAGGAUUUAGGUCUGAAGACGAGUCGGUGCGCUGCGCCGUGGUCUUCAACGGCCACACCGAGCUCGGGGAAGAUUCUGAGGUCUUGGUGGAACCGGGUUCCGCUGUGGAGGAGAACCCCAACGGACCCAAGCUGAAGUACAUCGUGGCCAAUGCCUUGAGGCAGGAGACCUCCCUGCCUCUGGACCUGCAAACCCUCAGCUUUGAGCCCGUGAGCACCAUAUACCCCGGAGUCGGAGCGGACAGUGAGGCCCUCCUCCCCAUCCCAGAGGAGGGAUCCGUCCCCGUGACAACCGCCACUCCAGGGUACCGCCCCACCCUGGCCGCAGUGCUCCACAACUCCCUGGAAGAGUUCCCGGGGGGGCCGGACACUCUGCCCUUCACCCUCCCCAUCCCGAGCGCCGAACCAGACGUCGCCGUAGCGACCGUCAGCGGCAGCGGUUCUGCGUCGGCUUCCGCUGGCGAGGAAUCGGCAGAGGAAGAGAGCGCUGAGACGCCCGCUGUAGAAGAAGAGGCCCAGGAGGUGUUAACGGGAGAGAGCCCUACCUCAGGGGGAAGCGGGGAACGUGAGGCGGACACGACUCAACCUGAAGUUCAGGUCACCCAAGUCCCAGUGGAGAACCUGGACCCGCCGGGAGAGGUGGACCCCGUGGACACGUCCUCUCCUGGACCCCCGUGGAUCUCCUCAACAGAACCCCUCAUGGCCGAGGCCAUAGAUGGCCUCAUGGGGGCAGCAGAGGUCUCGACCCCCUGGGGCAGUGAGGAACCGGAGGAGACCCACGGGGCGGUCCGACCACCCGGUCCCACCGACGGCACCAACGCGAUCGAGGAAGAGGAGGAGAAGGAGGAGGAGGAGCCGGUCCACAGUGGCGGGGUGACUCCGCCUCUGAUGGAGGGGCCCGUGGCUGUGGUCCCCGACGGACAGGACGAGGAGAGCGUUACCGGGACGGAGGCGCGGGUCACAGCAGGAGUGGAGGACAGCGGCAGCGGGUUUCCCGCCCAGUCGGACGAGCGGCCCCAGGAGUCGGGGGCGACGCCGGCGGCGAGGCAGAUGAGCGCUGGGCCCCUGGGGACCGCCCUGGACCUCAACAAGGAGUUAGUGGUGUUCUUUAGCUUGAGGGUCACUAACAUGAUGUUCUCCGACGACCUGUUCAACAAGAACUCUACCGAGUACCGAUCUCUGGAGAACACCUUCCUGGAGCUGACGCAGCACUCAUCUAGCGAGCAGAGGGCAUUCCCCGGAGCCUCCAGUAAGUCUGGGCCACGACUGCGGACCCUAGCCUCCAUCCCGCUCCUCCCAUACCUGCAGUCCAACCUGACGGGCUUCAAGCAGCUGGAGAUCCUGAACUUCCGUAACGGGAGCGUGGUGGUGAACAGCAGGAUGAAGCUGGACCGGCCCGUCCCCUACAACGUGACCGAGGCGGUCCACUGCGUCCUGGAGGAGUUCUGUGGCGGCGCCGCCAAGAGGCUAGACAUCAAGAUCGACAGCCGCAGCCUGGACAUAGAACACGAGGACCAGGCGGACCCCUGUAAGUUCCUGGCGUGCGAUGAGUCCUCGCGCUGCGUGGUGAACAGCUGGACGGGUGAGGCGGAGUGUGUCUGUGAGCCCGGCUACCUGGCCAGCGGCGGCCGGCCCUGCCAGAGCAUCUGCACCCUGCAGCCGGACUACUGCCUCAACGAUGGCGUCUGCCACAUCGUCCCCGGGCACGGCGCCACCUGCAGGUGCCCGGUGGGCCGAUCCUGGCACUACCACGGGGAGCGCUGCACUGAGCUGGUGUCCACCCCGCUGGACCCCUCCCUGAUCGCGGGCUGCCUGGUGGCCAGCCUCUGCCUGGUGGGCAGCGUGCUCGCCAUCCUCCUCUUCGUCAACAAGAAAUGUGUUCAGACCAGGAAGGCUGUGACGCUGGUGCCCGGCCUCGCCCCCUAUGCCUUUGAGAAUACUCUGAGAGAGAACCCGGUGUUUGAGAAUGACGAGGGUAUGUUGACCCAGGUGUCCACGUUACAGUACCCCAGCUCCAGCUCUGGGUCGUCCCAGACCCAGCAGUCCGAGCUGGACACGUUUGGCUCGAUAGAGAAUAUCCACCUGAGUAUCGAGAUCCCCAGGCAACUCUACUCCAGCAGAACCCAGCGGUUAGUCUCUGGAACGGUGGACUUCCAUCACUGCAUACCUCACAAUGAGCUUUAUGAUGCCUGCAAAGACGCUGCGACCAGCAAGUCACAAGUACAGGACGUGUGUUCACGCCAGGCCUCGGGAGAGAGAGCUUAUUGAUGUUUCAGUCCUGUGAAGAUCUCCUCUGUAGACAACGCACCUUUAACAAACAAAUUAAGUAAUACGCUCACUCUUAAUGUUUCCCUGUACAGUAUUUAAGAAAUGUUCAUUAUGAGAGUAGGCCUGGCGUGUAAAGGUUUGUAGUGCUGUGUCUUAGACAGAAAGAGUGUUCCCUGGAGAGGUGGAUAUAUGUGGAACCUAAGAUGUAUUUCUACUGUAUGUUUGGUGUUGUAACCUGAAGAAGUGGAUGUAUGUGGAACCUAAGAUGUAUUUCUACUGUAUGUCUGGCAGGUAGAAGAGUCUCCUGUACACCUUGAUUCAGGAUGUUGUCUUUCCUCACAAUGAGGCUUUUAUAAACAACAUGAUUCUGAUUCUAACUGAAGGUUGGAGGCGUGCAUUGCUGUGUGUUGUUUAAUGUUUCUCAGAGCCCUGUAAGAAUGUACAUACUGAUCAUCUUGGAGAGUCAACUGGAAUUGGAAAAAAAUAAAUUCUGUCCUGCUGUGUGUAAACAACGUCAGCCGUUUGGGUUUUCGAAAGCUGGAUGUCAACAAACGAUCCUGCAACAUCCGGACAUUUUUGUACAUUUUACAUUU